UCCACUCCAAUUCACAUGACAACAUCUUCAGCCUCCUAUAGGCCUUCUCUCUCUCCUUCAAGUGUACAAUACUUUAUUGAUCAGUUUGUGAAAGGCUUUUUGUGGAAACGGAAUCAAGAUGAGCCAAUACAAUCAGAAUCAAUCCGCAGUUUGUUCAAUAUGAAUUUUACAGAGGCAUACCUAGCGCCGCCAUCAUCCGCGCUACCAACAUUGGUGGCACCUCCGCCGGUCGGUUAUCCGAUGGGGGAUGGCACAGUCCAACCACAAAGUGAUGCUCCAAUUGAGACCAAGACCAGGGGCUCCAUGGAGCCUGUCUUGGGGUGGUGUAGUUGUUUCGCCACUUGCGCUUCGUGCAUGAUUACAGCUAUGAGUUGUGCAAACUAAUGACUGAGAGACGGCGGCUUGCUUUGUUUUCUUGAAAUAUCAAUGGCUUUACAGAUUUUGUUUCCAAAAUAAAAUUACAUGGAAGCGUGCUUUCUAAGCCCAGCCCAAUUGACACAACUCACUCUCUGGAUUAUCAAUUAUUGUGUCAUUUGUUAUAUACAUUAUUUGGAUUGUUAAGUUAAUUGUUUCUGGACUUUUUGGCUUCUAGUUUUUAUUUUGGUCAUGUAAUCUCUAUCUUCACACCAUAUACUUUAUGUUCUAUGGUGGGUUUAUAUGUAUAAAAUUUUUGCUUUGGUGAUGUUA